UUUAUAUUGACUCCAUGGAAGUUUGUAAUAGCACAUUGAUUAUGUUCAGGCAGAUUUGACUUUUUCAAUGGGAGCCUCAUCAUCAGUUGCAGGGUCUACUGCAGCCUCGGCCAUCCAUGGCUCCAUAGAUAACCUCAAAGAUUCAGUAAAAGUAAAGAAGAAAAACAAGAAAAUAAAUCCCAAUGAAGAUAAACCGAGCGACAAUAUGGAAACUAUUAAAAACAUGAAAAAUGAUAAUCCAGUACUAGUGGAUGACUUUAACUUUUUUGAAGAAACAACCAAUCAAUUAAAAAUAAAUUCCUCUGAAGACCAGCUUAAAAGAUUGAGUAAAAAGUUAGCAGAAUUUGAGACAAGGUUUUUCUGCUAUACUGAAAUGAAACUUCACAGAAACUUGGGGGAUUAUUUAGCUAUGAUUGGUUUUGUGGAAAUUGCUGUGAACAAAUAUAUAGCUAUAUUAAAAACUGCCAAUCUCAAACAUUUAACGGAUACAAUCUUGGAAAUUAAAGAGGUUCAUACUGCUGAUAAUAUUAAAAUGACAGAAAAUGAAGUAUGGUUCCUUAUUUCUGUAAGAAGUGUGCUCUGGAACUUUUCUGAUGCUAGUGUAAAGUUAGGAGACAGAGUUGCCAAGAUGGGUUUUUUUCAUUAUCUCAUGAAUGAUCUGAAAGAAUUACAUAAAAAGUCUGCUGAAUUUGUGAAAAAUAGCAGUGUUUUUGAUUCGGCUGUAGGAAUUUUACACAACUGUGGUAAAUCUUCAAGUGUUGAAACACGAGAAUGUUUCAGAAAAGAAGAUACAGUGAAAAAUUUGGUGCCUUUUUUACAAACGAAAUCAAAAAAUGUUAAGCUCCUGGUUCUCCUUACCUUAGCAAAUAUAAUCAACGAAGAAGAGAAUCAUUUAUUGUUAGCAGAUGAUACUAUAUUUGAUGAUAUUAUUCAAAUGAUAAAAUGGGCAAACAAGAACCAAGGUCACAGAUUUGAUGGGUUUAGUGUAGAGGAAUUGGUCUCAGGAUUAAAGGGCUUGGCCAGAAAUGAUCAAAAUAAGAACAUAUUAAUGAAGAAAGGUGCUCUUCCGCUAUUAAAAGAAAUUAUUGAGGCUAAAUAUAAUGAUGGCGAGGUUUUACAAGCAACAGAAGCGAUCAGAAUUUUGUCAUUUUCUAAAGACAACAAAAAUGAUAUCAAGAAAGACGUAAGUCUAAUCCAGCUGUUAACGGAUUUAACUAAAAAUACUGUGGAGAAUGUAGCCAAUGCAGCAUCUGGGAUUCUGUGGAAUAUCAAAGAUGAUAAAGAAAAGCAUGAAAAUGUAAAAAACAGUCCAGCAAAAUCUAAUGGACAUGUUAUGAUUAGUUAUCAGUGGGCAGACCAGAAAAAACUCAUACAGAUCUCCCAAAUGUUAAGUGAAGCGGGUUAUUUGGUGUGGAUGGAUAUUAAAGAUAUGGAAGGGUCUACUCUACAAGCUAUGGCAGAUGCUGUGGAGAAAGCUUGUGUUGUUUUAGUCUGUAUGUCAGAAAGAUACAAAGAAAGUUCCAACUGUAGAACAGAAGCAGAAUAUGCAUUUACGUUAAAAAAGCCAAUUAUACCUCUUAUGAUGCAGAGGGGUUACAAACCUAAUGGAUGGUUAGGUAUGAUUCUGGGUGCUAAAUUAUUUGUUGACUUCAGUGGUAAAUAUUCAUUUGAUGAUUCGUUUAAAAAUUUAUCACGUCAGUUGGGAAAAGAUGGUAAAAUUGGUGGAGAUGCUGAUGAGGUUGACGGGCCAAUAGCAGUAGUAAGAUCUGUUCCUUUACAAGCAGCAAGAGGUAAUGGUACAAAUGAAUGGUCUGCAGAUGAUGUAUCAAAAUGGCUGAAAAAAAUCAGUUUAGAUAGCAAAGAGAAACUACAGUCUUUGACAGGAGAACAGUUGACUUUCUUGAAGAAAUUAUCUAACAGGGCACCAGAAUUUUUCUUCAGCUAUGUUAAAACUGAUCUUGGUUUACACAGAUUAGAUGAUCUGAUGAAAUUUACUAAUGCAAUAGAUCAAAUUUAAACAUCUAGAUAAUUAUUUUGUGUUUAUGAACUAUUCAAUGAAUUUGUAUCUAAGGCCACACAAAAAAAGUAGUCUGGUUCUGAGACAAUCCUUUUAGAAAAAUUGAUGCGGGAGGGCGUUUGG